UAUUUUCGUAUUAGUGUCGUUCAACUGGUCUGUAAUAACGUAUUCUCCAGUGAAGAUUUCCAUAGUGAAAAUGUUUUAAUCGAAAAAACCAAAAAAUCAGUUUGAAAGACAAUCAGUUCUGUUUUCAAGGGCGUUCAAGACACUCUCGGUGAGCGCGAAGUGAGCUUGGAAGAGCUCAAAGAGAGCGGUCAAACUUUGGAAAAGGUCGUCAGCGAGGAGGUCGGGAAGAAGCUUAGAGCCGAAGUCAAAGCCCAAGAAGAAGCCUGGAAGUCAACCCAGGAAGAACUGACGGACCUCGUUAAAAGCUACACGCACGCAGCCGAACUUUGGGUGCAAUACGCGGACGCAAACAAAAAUCUUGACUUGAACGCAAAUCUCACAGCAGAGGAAUGGAAAGAUCGGAACGAUAAGGUAGAGGAGUUAAGAAGAUUAGCAGAUGCCAUAUCUAAAGAGGUAGGUAUAGAGGUGCUUCGACCCGAAGUCGACUCAUUGGCCAAGAGGCUUCAGGACGCACAGUUGUCCCUCAAAGCCAUCGACGCUGCUGAUAAAAUCAAGCAACCCGUAAUCCUCGAAGAUAUCAAAAAGACUCUAAAAUCAGUCGAAGCUGAGAAAGAACCCACCAAGCAAUUAACUGCCCUAAGAGACCAUCUGGUAUUGCUCAGUAAAACUGAAGACCAAAUCGUCGACCUCGGUAAUGAGCCGUACCGAACCGACAGCUUAUCUGUGAUGCAACUUCUUCAACUUUGGGAGAAAAUAUUCCGAGAAACUUUCCAAGAAUACCACAGGCUAUCGUCAAGACUUAUAAACACAGAAGAGAGCGCGAACGUAUUGACGCUCUGGGAAGAUUACCUACAUCACGUCAAUCAAUUUUUAGACUCCUCUUUGCCCCAACACUAUCAUGAGCUUUCAGACCAAAAUAAAUUGUGCCAAGUACAUCAUGAUGUUAUCAGUUGCCAAAAAUCUUUAAUACCUAGCCAUAAAGCUAAUGCUGACAAGUCAGUAAUAGAGCAGUUCAACAGGUUGACCAAUGUUCAUAAUGAAACAUUGGCAAGAAUCAUGGAUAAGCAGACUGAGAUACAAGGACGAUUGAUAUCAUGGGAAAAGUACAGGCAGGAGCAAAAUCUUUUGCUCAAUUGGCUGAAGGAUGCCGAAACGGAUAGGAAUAAACUAAAACUGCGAUACGUCCAUGCGAAAUCUCUUGGGAAGACGAUCGCUGCUAUUCAGGUCAUGCUGAAACGGUUCCACGAAGGUGAAGAAAUGGAAAAAUCUCUUCACAAAAAGUUGAACAUGAUAAUGAAAGUGUGCGAUGACAGCUUGGCCAAUUCUUUGAAAUAUGAACAUUCCUCAAUAUCCAAUAGAAUGUCUAACCUACAAGCAGCACUACGUACAUGGAAAGACAGUUUGAUGAGAGUUAAGGAGAAUUAUGACACAUAUGAAAGUCAGGUUAACAAAAUACAGUAUAAAUUUAAAGACAUACAAAAUCAUUUGUCAAAUGAAACUCAUGAAUCUCAACAAUUUAUUCCAUAUGAAAAACUAGAACAUAGAUUAGCUAAAAUUGAGGAGGUUUCGAGGGAAGUUGAUGCACUCGGUGGUGAUAUUAGUUACCUCGAAGAGCUGAAAGAUGUCCUGAAGGACACUUUGAGUCCGAACGACAUAAAACUAAUGUCACAAAGAUGCUGGCUGUUUUCACAACAGCAAUCUGACCUCGAACACCAGCUCUCCUUUGUGAGGCAAACAUUAGAAGAUCAAAUUCAAUUAGCCCAUCUUUACGACAAGAGGUUCGAAAGGUUCUUGAACUGGGCUAAAGGCGUCGAUGAAAGAUUGGACAGAAUGUCUAGUCAUAGAUUCAUGGAUGCAGGACAAGCACUUAGACGUCUAGAAACAGAGAUCCAAUCUGAGGUGUCUAUUAAGAAAAAAGAAGUCGAUUGGCUAUCUACGACUGGCCGGGAACUCUUAAGUGUCGAAGAUGAGGGCACACCUCAUGGAAAACGCUUAACCCAGUCGUUAGAAACAUUAACAAAAACAUGGAAGAAUAUCCUUGCCAAUACUGACGGAAGGGCUGCAAAAUUACGUACAGUCAUACAGCACAUGGCUGAAUUAGAAGUAAAAAUGGAACACUUGAGGACUUGGCUUCAAAAUAUGGAACAUAAACUUUCGCUUCCUUUUACUUUUACUUCUUCUUCGAGUGAUAAUUUUGAAAAACUUUUAAAAGAACAAGAGGAGCUUCAAACUGAAAUAGAACAACACAGUUCUGAGAUCGGUGAGGUACUUAAUCUGUGUGAACUUCUCUUAAAUGACUGUGAACUGUGCCACAUAGUUUUAGACACUGAGGGUAUUACAAUGGCAAUGAAUAAUAUUGAAAGGAGAUGGAGCAUCAUUUGUGUGCUUUCUAAUGAGAGAAGGAGCUCCAUUGAAUCUCUAUGGGCCAAAAUUCAAAAUAUCUUUGUCAUGGUUGAUGAACGACAGACCUGGAUGGACAAUAUGGCAAAGGAAGUUACCGUGCUUGAAAACCAUUUGACUCCACCUUUAUGCAAUGUUGAGAAUAUUUCGCAAACUAAUCAAAAUUUGAAAGCUGUUGAAUCAGACAUCAAAUCACUCAAUAGCGAAGGGCUUAAACUACUUGAUGAAACAUACCGAAUCCUUUUGAGAAAGUACUCUUUGCCAAACGAUAUAAUCGGCUUACCAGAGAAACUACAAACAGCUGAAGAAAACCUCUUAAGUAGAGUUCAAGGUGCAGAAAAGACUGCUGACUCAAGAGCGAAGAGUUAUGAGAAAUUUUUGAAAGCUCAGGAAAGGGCGGUUACUGCGAUGGUCAAAUGUGACGCUAUGUUGACAAUGGCUGAAGUAAAGGAGAUGGCGGAAAUCAAUACUCCUGAAGCUCUAGUUAAUCAUUUGGAUGAAAUUGAGAAGAUUCUAAGAGAAGAGAAUGACAAUAUGAGAGAGGCUGAUGAAUUAGGAUUAAAGGUAAUGAAAUGGUGUCCCGAUAAAGACAUAAACAAGAUAAAACAUAUGAUGGACGAAUAUCAAAGUAUUUGGAAGGAUGUGAAGCUACGUUUAGCUGCGAUUAGAGAUUCCAAUAUAUUACCUGUAAAGAUGACAGAUCAAAGUGUAGAAGUAAGUACUCUCAAAUUUGAAACAGACAGAAGCACCCAAGUAGAUACACUCGGGUGGAAUGAUAGCCCGAUUUCAAGGAAAGACGCUUUCAUUACAAAUCUUCAGACAUCAAUAGAAGAUAUGGAACAGAUUUUAUCCAAACUAGCAAAACUAGACGAUUUUGAAACUUACCAGAAAAUUGGAAAUUGCAUUAGCCAGUGUGACUCGACUUUUGAUUAUGUAAAACACCUAAGUGAGCUGCUUUUAGAACAGUAUGAUGCAAAUGAGACUGAGGCGCAAGUUGAAAAGAUAAAAUCUAUCAACGAUCGCUUCAAAGCUUUAAGGCAGCAAGCUCAACUGAAAUUGAACCAACUUAAAGAAACGAGUGCACAUGGAAAGCUAUCUUGCCCUCUUUGUUCCAACAACAACUGGAAACAAUUAGACAAUGAUCUUUGGCGGCUGGAACAAUGGCUACAGUGUGCAGAAGGCCGGUUGUCUUCGCAACCGUCGACCCCUCCAACUUCUAUGGAACAAUUAGAAGACGUAAUCCAAGACCAGAGGGAACUGCUAUUAGACCUCGACAGUCAUAGGAACCUAGUUGUCUCUAUGAACAUCGUCGGUACACAUUUAGCCGAACACAGUGAUAGCGAAGAAAGAGCAAGGGAUCUGAGGACCAGGUUAGCAAACGACAAUUUGAGAUGGGACAGAGUUUGUGAAUCCGCUGCCUCAUGGCAAGCUAAACUGCAGACUGCUCUCAUUCAGAAUGGCGAGUUUCACGAUACAAUAGCUGAGCUCACUGCUUGGUUGGAAAGGACAGAAGUCAGCAUCAAUCAGUCAGAACCUAUCAAUCUUAAUGAUCCAGCUAAUUUAAUACAAGCUAAACUGGAAAAAUUUAGGGAGUUGAAGCAGGAGCUUGAAAGAUGCGAGCCUAGAAUAAUUUCCCUUGAGGAGACUGCACGCCAAGUUAUGACAGAAGAAACAAAACUAGCAUGUCAAAAAUUACACAGAAUGAGACUAAGAUUACAAUCCUUGACUCGUUUGACAGCGCUCUAUUUAGCCCGAUUAGCCGGUGCUCAGCCACCUACAUCACAGCAGCCUUCGGAGUCAUCAGACCAAGGAGAUCAAGUUGAUAUUGGAGAAGAGGUUGAAACCAGGACGUUAGUUAGGUGUCACAAUUUCCUUGGUAGGGUGAUGAGAGCUUCUGUGCCAAUAAGUGCGUUCCUUUUGCUACUGCUUGGCGCAGCAACUCUUAUUCCGCAGUCUCAACCAGAUUUCGCUUGCGCUGAAAGUAUUUUGUACAACUGGGCGCCUAUACUACGAUAUCCUUAUGGCCAUCCACCCAUAUAAAUUGAGAGAAAAUUUUAUUAUAUGCAGAUGCAAUUUUAGUUAUAUAUAUUUUUGUUAAAAACAGAGAUAAAGAGCAUAUUUUAUGAUAAUAUUGUAUGUAGAACAU